UUAUGACUUAUUUAGUAAUAUUAUCUGGCGAGUAGGGUGGGUGCGGAAGUUCAUGAUCAUCAUGCACAAGUUGGCGAGUGAUUUCAACAUUUUCGGGGGUUGAGCUCAUUAAAGGUCUUUCUGACUUCACGCCGUCUUCCAGUGAUGUUCUAUCGAUUUUAAAGCGUGCAUGCUGCUCAAAACACCUCGAGCGAUUAAUUGGAGCAUCGCAAAAAAUGUGCCAAAUAAUGGUAAACCUCUCUGUAUGUGUGUAUAUGGGGCAUUGGGGGCAAGAGAAAGGAUAAAUAAAGAAAGAAAGAAGCGGUAAAACAAACACAAAAAAAAUAAAUGCAUUUCUUAUUUUCUGACUGUGCAAAAGUCUUGAGCCACCCCUUAUAUCUUCAUAUUAAAUGAAAUUCUAUAAUUAAAUGGGAAUAAAUGCUGCAAAGUGCCUAAAGACACAGUGGAAAAAAUGGUUGUUUAUGUAAGAACCGCAGCAGCAACCUCAUUUCCCCUGCACCUGUUUUUUACUGAUUCAUGCCUUUAGUUAGAUUUUGUUGUAAUUGGCGUAACAUACAAAAUUAAUUCCCGCUUAGGUACAGGGACUGGACUGAAAAUGCGAGACAAAAUUGAGGGCCAUAAAGUCCUCCAGGAAGCCUGGAGAACUACUCCUCAAGACUGCAUUAAAGAUGCAAGAAAGUCUGGCUCUUUGGAAGCAAAAUAUAAAGUAAUGGUCGAUGUAUAAGUACUUUUGCCCGGUGCUGUAGUCCACUUCAAUUUGGUAGCAAAAGAGGAACAAAAAGAAAGAAAAAAGGGAAUUUAUUAAAGUCAUUGCUAAUAGAUGGGGAGUGAAAGAGAAAAGGGAAGAAAAAGGGGGAAACGUAAAGCUGGACAAAGUAUUAAUUCAAGACAAAAUGAAACAACUAUUCAGAAAAAGAAAUCUGGAUGAGGCAAUCAACAAUCACAAUCAAAACCAGUUGAACACGGACGCAUUAUAUAAAAAAGCAACAACGAUAAAAUGAAGAACUGUUGUGUUAAAUGUUGCGUCAGUAUGAACAGAUGCAGAAUUCUGCUGUCCAUUGCUAAAUAAAAACGUGGAAUUAACAGAUUUCUGUGAUUCAAGAAGCUACCUAUCACAUCAUCUCCUUUUCCAAGUGAUGAAGGUGGAUGUUGGACGUCCUGUCCUCAUGUCGUUGUCCUGUUUAACAUGAUAUCAAGGACAGACAGACAGACAGACAGGAGGAUGGACACGCAGCCUGAGCUGUAUACGCCUGUGCGCUGUCACUGGUUCUACAAGCAGACGGCGGACGGCAAAGACUCCUGGAAACCUUUCAGUACAGAAGACUCCCAGAGGCUGGAGGCGGCUCACACACACGGUUGUACUGAUGAGGUGGUGGUGGCCACAGAGGGCAGGCGUUACGAUGUGAGAUUGAAGGAGCGUCGCCGCUAUGCAGUUUAUUGGGAUCAGCCUCCAUCUGAAGUGCGCAGAUGUUCCUGGUUUCACAAAGGCAGCAAGGAGAUAUACUUUACUCCCUACACCGAGGAGAACAGCGACCUACUGGAGGACUCCUACAUGAUCUCCGUGACCCUCAACGAGUGGAAAAGAAACUUGGAGCUGCCGACAGGGGAAACAGUCAUCCUUCACAACCCAAAGCUGAUCACUCAGCACCUGAACUUUUCCUUGGACUGUCCUCCGUCUCCGGGUGAAAGAACGCAACCCAGAACACUAAAGAGAGGAGUGGAGAAUAUUUCGGUGGAAAUCCCAGAGGGAGAACCAGAUACUGUGGACCACCUGGUGUUCAUGGUUCAUGGCAUUGGGCCGGCAUGUGAUCUGCGCUUAAGAGGAAUCGUGCAGUGUGUAAAUGAGUUCCGCAGCGCUGCUCUCGCUCUCGUUAAAAGUCAUUUCAGCAUCCAUGAUGGCAACAAAGCUGGCGGUCGAGUGGAGUUUCUGCCUGUUAACUGGCACAGAGUCCUACAUGGAGAAACUACGGGGGUCGACAGAGAUAUUGAGCGGAUCACUUUGCCCAGCAUCAGGGGCCUGCGCCAGUUCGCCAAUGACACAGUGUUGGACCUGUUCUUUUACAACAGUGCCACCUACUGUCAGACCAUCGUGGACACCGUAGCCUCAGAGAUCAACCAACUAUACCGUAUCUUUCUCCAAAGAAACCCACAAUUCACUGGAGCCAUAUCAGUGGCCGGACACAGCCUGGGUUCAUUAAUCCUCUUUGACCUCCUGACCAAUCAGAAGACAGCAGCAGAGAGCACCAAUGCAGCACAGAACGGACAGUAUAAUGAAGACCUGGGCACUUCCUCUGUGUCAAACUGCAGUUCCUGUAAGAACCUAGAAGAGGCACUGAUGAGCAUCGGCGUAGAGGAACAUCUCAGAAUCCUACAGAAGGAACAAAUUGACAUGGAGGCUCUGAUGCUCUGCACCGAGAACGACCUGAGAGAUCUUGGAAUUCCACUUGGCCCUUGCAAGAAGAUUAUGAACUCUGUGAAGAAAUGGAAGCUCAGAUCCGAGGCCCAAACUGGAAAACAUUCCUCCUAUACAGAAGAGAAGAAAAAUUCUUCUGAAAUUCAGAGUCUCAUCCGAGAGAGUCGGCCCAAAACCAGCGCCGUUGAUUACCAGCACUUCGAUGUGGGGAUUGGACAGGUAUCUGUUAACUACCCACAGCUCAACUUCCACCCCCAAGCCUUCUUUGCUUUCGGCUCUCCCAUCGGAAUGUUCUUGACUGUCCGAGGCCUGAAGAGGAUCGACCCAAACUACAGCUUCCCCACCUGCGGCAGCUUCUACAACAUCUUCCAUCCAUUUGAUCCAGUAGCGUACAGGAUGGAGCCCAUGAUUUUGCCUCCAGAUGUGGAGGUAGCACCAAUGCUGAUGCCCCAUCACAAGGGCAGGAAGAGGAUGCACCUGGAGCUGAAGGAAGGCCUGACACGUGUCGGCUCAGACCUGCUGGGGUCUUUACGGACAGUCUGGCAGAGUUUCUCCCAACUUCCUGCUCCAGCGCUGGCUGAAGGAAAUGACACAGCAGUGUGUACAGCCGAGGAAAUGGAAACCUCACCUCUGGAACAGGAGGAGAAGAAAAUGAUCCAGGUGGGGAAGCUGAACGGUGGCCGGCGUAUUGAUUAUGUCCUCCAAGAGAAGCCGAUCGAAUCCUUUAACGAAUAUUUGUUUGCCAUUCAGAGUCACCUUUGCUACUGGGAGUCAGAGGAUACGGCUCUGCUGGUUCUCAAGGAGAUUUACGGGAAUGGUGAUUGCAGAUCUCCUCAGCAGUAGAAAACUUACCGCACUGAGUUUCUGGGAUGAUAACUUUACACGCUGCCAAAACUAAGCAAAGCUCAUUACUUAUGUAACCUUUAAAAGGUGCAGUUUGUGAUUACACAGGCCUAUAAUAAUUUUCAGAAGUUCAUAAGUUUCAGAAUGUUUCACAGAUGCUUGUGAUUUGUAAUAUGGCUAUGUCCGGAAUGAUGUAGUUUAUUACCAACUGCUGGUUGUCCGGCUUCUGUUGUUCUGGCCCAGAGUUGGCGCUGCCUCUUCUGUUACGGAGCUGCUAUUUUAUUUAUUUUUUUUACAUUUAAAUAAGCAACCUGGAAGGCAUAUGUCAGGUCAAGGAAUUUGUGGUUUGUGUUUUUUUUGCAGUUUGUCUUGCAAGCAGUAAAGGGCAGAAGAUUAUUACAAACUGCUUCUUUAAACUAGCAAUACACAACUUUCAGUCCUUAAGGACCAGGUGCUCUAGGGUUUUUGCACUACCUAUGUAACAAUAAGUUACGUAACAAUAAGUGCACAAAUUAUUUGAUGAUGUAGUGAUUUAGAAACAUACAGGAUGGCAUUUUAAUACAAAAGGCCUAGUUUGUUUUUUACCUCUGAUUUGUUAUUAUGUUCACGCUAAGGCCAGUGACCACUGAACUGAGAAAGGGGUGAAUUUGAGAUGUCUUCAGAAGAACUGGUCAUUUCUUGUAUUUGAUGUUCAGCACAUCAUACUUGCUAAUCCAGUCCUGAAAACUCUGUUGCUAGCCUAGCUAAACUAGCAUAUGACUAACUAACUAAGAUACAAAGAGAAGGCACUGAGCAUUCACCAAAUCUUAAAUUUCAAUUGACUCUCCGGUAUUAAGACAUGCUUUCUUGUAAUAAUAUUGUACUAUUUUGUAAUACCCAUAAUAUCUAUAUUGUUAGCUAUUAGUAUAAAUGUUUAUACUAGUCCAUGACUGAAAAAUUUUUCUAUAAAAGUUGAAACAACCUGGCCAGUAAAAGCUAAUUUCUUUAAUAACGUGACUUGAAAUGACCUGAAUGCCAAAAUUCUAGCAUUACAUGGACCAGAUAGCACAGUCAUUUUUAGCUAGCUGGCUAAGAAAAAAUUCUUAGAUAUUUGUGCUAAAUAUUUCCAUACUAAUUGUUUUAAUGGCCAUUUCCUAACAAGAAAUGUUAAGUUUUUUAAAUCUUUAUUGUAGCUGGUUGAAUGGCUAGUUUUAGUCUCAAGGCUUCUCCAGAAUCUCACCUCAUCUCACUUCUCUCUGACAUGAGUACAGGUUUAUCAGUAAAACAGCCAUUAAUUCGGUGAACCAAGUCUUUGUUCUGAACACUUUACAUUACCUCGUGCACAACACACUCAUACCAGUUUAAAUUACGAGAACCGAGAUUUGGCAUUAGGUUUCACACACAGUUGAUACCAUAUCAGUGUUGCUUUAACAGAUUGUAUCGCUUUGUUAGAUGUGCUAUACCAACAGUAAAAUUAAUCCUAUGUCUUUUUUAUGGUUUUGCUUCAAUAAUCACAGUUUAUUAUGUAGAUUCUUCUACAUACUGCAAAAUACGGGGCAAAAGAGAGGAACAUAAUGGACUGGAUUGGAACAAACUUUCUAAUGAUCAUGACCAUUAUCAAUAUUUGUAGUGCUACAGUCGAUGUUGUAGGAAAUUUAAUCUUCUUUUGAUAAAAUGCUAUAUUUGUUAAAUAAAGCUAUUCUAUACUCUGAAUCUAAUUCUGUACACUAAAUCUAUACUCCUAGACAAAGGUAGCACUGCAAAUAUAAAUUUCUUACAAAAUUAAUUUCUGGUAAAUAAAUAAGAACGUUUAAUGUUAUACAAAAUCUGUGUCCAUCAAGUCUGUGUGUCCAUCAGCACAGGAAAUUCUUUGCAUGUCCAGCAAGUCCAGCUGCAGCCAAACAUAUUUGAAUAGUCUGACGACUUAUCAUGUGCACCCCUGAAAUACCAGCAGCAGUACUGGCAGCAUUUACUGUACAAUCUUGUCAAAUGACACCAUCAAAUUAGUUUGCCUUGUCUUGGCAUUUUUACUCUUGGCCUUCUAGACCUAGCGUGAUCAGUAAUGGAACAAAUUGUUCUCUAUCUCUACCAUAUCCUGGAAAUGGGAUUUCUGGAAACUGGUCAUGUCUGCUUGUGUUCCAACAAGUUGAAGCAGCCUGAUAGCCCUCUAUCUGCUAGCAUUGUCUAAACACGGCAUAAUAAUGUAAAGACAAAAAGCACGAUCAGAAUGUUUUUCUUACUUUUAAUACCAAGACAUAUCAGCUGGACAGAAACAUACGGCAAAUUUUAUGCAUGUGCAUGGCGCUUCUUAUGAAGAUGCAAGUUAUGUUAAACACAAUAAAGUAACGCUCUACUGAGCAUAAUGGUAAUUUUUACCUUACCUGUGUUCUUACUGCAAAAAGGCAAAGAAAUUAUGAAUUAGCUUUUAGGUUUUGAUAACGGUAAAAAAAAAAUGUUGCGUAAUUGUUGAUAGUGCAAUGGUCCUAUUGUCCAUGAGUUUAAAUCUACACUUG